AAUUUUGACAAUUAUAUAUUAGGGGAUUCUCGUCGUUUUAUUUUACAUUCGAAACCAUUGCCUUUAUAUCAAGCAAAAUCACAAAUAUAUUAUGGAGUUACAUGUCCUAGCACAAAUACCAAUAUUCCGAUGAAAGGAUAGAAAUUUUAUCAAAAAAUAUAUUUUCAAAAAAUAAGGUUCAGUUUGUCUUACUGCUAGUCCUAAAUUUGGAUAAACAGUGAUACCGUAGAAUGUCGAAAUAUUUUAUAAUUGAUAAUGAAAUAAUUUAGAACAAAUACUUGAUUAGAAAAACGAAAAGAAGAAAAACAUGGCAUUCACUAGUUUGAAAAGUUUUUCAUUAUUGGAAAAAUUCGCUUGAUAUAUCGUUGGAUGUCUAUGCAGUCAUAAAGUGUUCGGUAUAGUAUUAUAAGAGAAACUCCCAGUUAUAGUAUAUAUAGUAGUUAAGCUACAGAAUUCGAAAAAACUUUUGAACUAUACCAUGUCGAAAAUUAAAAAUUUGAAAAAUUGAUUAAAUUAGUGCGAAAGAACAUUUUCUAUACUUAAGUGGUAGUUAUUAUGAAUACUGCGACAAAAAAAAGCUUGGCUAGAAAGAGCAAGGUAAAGAUGGUAACAAAUAUGGCGCAAGUAGGUCCAAGUGCUGGACCUGAUGCGCAACUGGAAAUCAUAGGUCUUGAUCAGCAAUUCGUAAAUUUCUGCAACUUUCAACCAGAUUUAGUUGGUACUCCACCACCAAGUGACGCCAAAUCGAAAGCGGAAGCUUUGAAACCGUUUGAUAGAAUGGAUUUACUUACAAAAACUAUUUAUUUAAAGCAAAUAGAUUUUUGGUUCAAGCAAGCCGGUAUUUUCAAUAAAGAAAUAACAAUGACUGAUACGGGUUUAGCAUAUUCCAAAUUUCUAGUGAAGGGGAUAAGUUAUAUGGAUUUCUUAGAUAUGUUAGAAGAUUUGUGUAAGGCAAAGGAAAUUGAAUUGGAUGAUAUGAAAAUGAAACUUCAAUCGUGCGGCUUACCAGGUAUUUCGAAAACUGCCAAAGCUACACCAACUAACGCUUAAAGAAUCUAGGAUUGUUCAACGUAAAGCAACCUAUUUUUGUCUAAAUUUUUUAUGUGUAGUGACAAUUUUUUUAUAUUUAUUGGUUUUCAUAUCAAAUUCAUAAAGUAGCCUGUUUCUAGAUUA